CUUGAUCUGGAGCUUGUAUAAUUCAAACUCUCAACGAAACCAUAGAAACUGAAGCCAACAUUUGUUUCUAUCUCAAAAUCUAGAUUAAUAGUAGCUAAAAAUUAACAAAUACAGUUACCCGUAGGCGAAAUGUAUGAAAAGGCAAGUACAAUACUACAGAAGUUCAUUUAGAGGUCUAUGUGUUCUUGAAGGGCAUAAAGCUUAAUGUUAAUAAAUUCCGAAAUAUUACCUAAAUAUCCUGCUAUCUAUGGAUUCUGAGGAUAAGAGGCGAGAAAGAAAAGAAAGCGAAUAAAUUUCUUGAGAAAAAUGUAGAAAUAUAUAACCUAAGAAAUGUAUUUUAUCGAAGGGCAAAGAGUGACGUUUAGGCCUAAUAUAAUAAACAAUAUUCAAGCACAGCAAGAAAAUGUCACAGGCAAAAGUUUAAGUGCGCUAGUUAUACGAUAAACUUGAACCCUUGACACCUACAGUUUUCUAUAAUAGCAAAGUAGUAGAAUCUGGGGAUAUUCCUCUGAAUAUUUUCUAUAACUGAAUGUGCCUGGAAAUAUUUAAACAGGAAUAUUUCUCUUUUUAAUACACCGGUUGAUUUGACAUGCUUUGAUUACUAAUUCCUUCCUGGGAUUCAAAUUCGUUCCUACAAAAGAAGAAAAAAAAAAUCCCACUUUCCUUUUUUUUUCUGGAAAAUCAUUCCAUCAAAAAUAUAAUGUUUUAUGGAUCGACAACUUUUCAACUUCGGCGAUAUGUUCCCAAUUGUUCUUCGUCCUAUGGAGUGAAGUCGGUUCAUGAAGGGCAGAAAUUAUCAAUGCACGUUAGCUUUCCAGGGAAUUUGGCGACUCGAAUGUUUAAAACUAAUCUCAGUUUAACCCGGAAAGCAUUCAUACUGGGUCCAGGUGGCAUGGCAUGUUUAAUACCCGGACAUCUACUGCGAAACAGUGCGACGUGUUUUGGCGUGGGUCGCAUUUUUCAACAGAAUUAUAAAUUAAAACAGUGGCCUCCAUUAAUAAAAAGCCUUAGUACACCUCCCCUGGUACGAACUUUAGUUCUUCGAGGUGGACGUAACAGAUCAUGUUCUACAGUUAUCGACAAGAAUACUUUUCAGGCAAAAAAUUAUGCUAAAGUACCACAUAGAUCGGACUUAAAAAGAUUGCUGGGGCUCGCGAAAGGAGAAAAAUGGAAGAUAUUCGGAGCCAUCACAUUUCUAUUAGUAUCCAGUACUGUGACAAUGGCAGUGCCAUUUUGUAUUGGCAAGGUGGUAGACAUCAUAAACUCUGCCUACAAAGAUGGAAAUGUUAUGAGUAAAUUGAAUGUGAUGUGCCAAUCUCUUAUGGUUAUCUUUUUGAUUGGUGGCUUGGCCAAUUGUGGACGUGUCUAUUUAAUACAAAUUUCAGGACAGAAUAUUGUUCAACGGCUGCGAGAAAAGCUCUACUCUUCAUUGCUGCGGCAAGAAAUUGGAUUUUUUGAUAACACAAAAAGUGGAGAGCUUGUGAAUCGCUUAGCCAAUGAUACUGCUCUCAUUGGUCAAUCUCUAACUGGGAAUAUUUCAGAUGGUCUGCGAUCCAUCGGUCAGGCUGUUGGAGGCUUGGCUAUGAUGGUUUAUGUUUCCCCUCAGCUGUCUCUAGCAUCCAUGCUGGUAGUGCCACCUAUUGCCAUGGUGGCAAUUGUCUAUGGUCGCUAUGUAAAAAAAAUUACAACUGAUGUACAAACUUCACUGGCAAACAGCAGCAAUGUGGCCAACGAACGCUUCAAUAAUAUACGUACUGUACAGUCGUUUGUACAGGAAAAACUAGAGACUGAUUUGUUCAAUUCCAAAUUAGAAAGUGUUUUAUCACUCCUUAGGAGAGAGGCUCGAGCAAAAGCCUUAUUCUUUGGUUUUUCUGGCUUUUCAGGCAACCUUGUGGUGUUAUCAGUGUUCUAUUAUGGUGGUAUUAUGAUGACUGAAUCUCAGCUCACUGUUGGCGAACUAUAUACAUUUUUAGUAUAUGCAGUCUAUGUUGGAAUUUCCAUGGGAGGUAUCACCACUUUUUACUCUGAACUUAUGCGAGGAAUUGGUGCCAGCACAAGAGUGUGGGAACUUUUGGAUAGACAACCCAGCAUUGAGCACACUGGUGGUUUAGUUCCAUCAAAGAAAGCUGAAGGUAAAAUUGAAUUUCAAGAUAUUGUUUUCCACUACCCUACCCGACGAGAACUCAAUAUUUUCAACAAGCUCUGUCUGUCCUUGGAUCCUGGCUCCAUAACAGCUUUAAUUGGUCAUAGUGGCUGUGGUAAAUCAACAACUGGAUCACUUUUGUUAAGAUUUUAUGAUCCCCAAUCAGGAUCUAUAAAGUUGGAUGACCAAAACAUUAACUGCCUAAACCUGUCCUGGCUUCGGCAACAAUUUGGAAUCGUUAGUCAGGAACCAAUUUUGUUCUCCAGUACCAUUGCCGAGAACAUUGCAUAUGGUAGACCAGAUCCAUCCAGUGUACCAAUGGCCGACAUUGAGGAAGCUGCAAAAAAAGCCAAUGCUUACAACUUCAUAAAGUAUUUUCCAGAUGGUUUUCAAACUUUGGUUGGUGAAAGAGGAGUGAUGCUCUCUGGUGGGCAACGACAAAGGAUUGCUAUUGCACGAGCUAUACUAAAGGAUCCACAGAUUUUGAUUCUUGAUGAAGCUACAAGUGCUUUGGACUCUGAAAGCGAACAUGUUGUCCAAGAAGCUCUUGACGGAGUAAUGGCAGGCCGUACAGUUAUAAUUAUUGCUCACCGUCUCUCCACUAUCCGCAAUGUGGAUCGUAUCAUAGUGCUAAAUGAUGGAGUGGUAGCUGAAGAAGGGAACUAUGAAGAAUUGCUGAAAAUACCCAAUGGAAUUUUCCAGAAACUAGUUGAACAACAAACUACACCUGCUGCAUCAUCUACCAAUGAAUAAACCAAAAAAUGAAUAAAAAGAAAGUAGAAAUAGAAUGUGAUAAUGUAUAUGCCUUUCUCAAAGCUUUUAGUUCUAUGAUUGAAGUGAAAAUGGUCAAUUCAAAACAGCAAUUGAAAUUAUGAAUGAAGAACUAAUGACUGCACUUGGAUAUAUUUGAUUCAUUUCUUUGUAGUAACUAUUGUUGAAAUCGAAAAAUUUAAAGUUUAAAAAAAGUUGGCUGUACUGAAUUUGAUAAAACAGUAUUAAUCUUACUGAGAUCAACUUUGCCUUUUACCCUUUCAGGGUCGAUAACAUAAAGUGCCAGUCAAAGUCUAAGGUCAGUUUAAUUGACUAACUGCCCCAUCCCCUCAAAAUUGAGGUCUGGUGCCAAGACUAGAAACAAUUAUUAUAGGGCAGAGGAUUGGUAAAAUCAUUAAAAUGUUGGAUAAAAUACAUUGUUAUAUUCAUUCCAGCAUUUUGUGUUCUGUGUUCAAAUCCCACAGUGGUCAACUUUACCUUUCAUCCUUUUUAAGUUGAUGAAGUAUUAGUCAAGCACUAGUAUUAACCCCGAAAAAGAUGAAAACAAAGUUGACCUCAAUGAGAUUUGAACUUAGAACAUAAAGAAUCAGAACAAAUAUCACAAGACAAAUUAUUCAGUGCUUUGACAAUUCUGCCAAUCUGUCCAAUGAUUUCUUGCCGGAACUUUUUCUAUCAAUCCCAGAGGGACAGAAAGUAAACUGGGAACCUGCAGGGAUUUGUACUUGGACCACAAAGGGUAUAAUUAAAUACUGCAAUUUGCCAUUGUAAUGCUCUAUAUGAUAAUGAGGAAUUAUUGAUUCAAAUAUGAUCUCAGGACUAUUGCUAGAUUUUCUCAAAGAAAAUGUGUGGCAUUCAACCAGAUAACAUAUACCAUGUCAUUAGUCUCAUCACCUUUUCUAUCAUUGUAACAAUAUAAAUAGUUAAGUCCUUCGCAGACUGAGUUUACGACUUCUUUCUCAUUUAUGUCACAAAUCCCUUUUCUCCUUCCUUUGAAAAUUUAAAGAUUUGUGCUUAUACAGCAAUGGCAUCAAGAAUGCCUAGAGCAUUAUUUCAUAAUAAUCAUAUUGAGAAAUUAUCAUGACCAAAAAAAAUUUGAUAUUCUAAAUUUUUCUUUUAUUCAUAGAAAUUUCUCUUAAUAUUGUCUUAUUUGUUGAGGGAUAUUAAUACCAAUGGAUGUCAUACUACCACAGAGAAAAAUGGUGGUGGUUUUUUUUUUUUAUAUAUAUACAUAAAAAUAUUAUAUAACUUACCAAAAAUGUCCUUUACUUGAAAACAUAUAUUUUCUGAUUCAAAAA